GGGUGCCAACUAUUAAUGAAGAAGAUGAUGUUGAUAAUGUACAUGCCACUCGUGAUGAUCAUCAGGAAGGAAUAUGGGAGAACAUUCAAACUUGAUCAUAUUUCCAAAAUAGAUAAAUAUGGAUGAACAUCAAGACUCUCCUUUAGACUCUACACAGACUACAGCCAAGAAGAAAGUCAGAGGUCCCACUAGAAUGAAGAAUGUCACAUCCAAACGCCUUCAUGAGGAGAGAUUGCAUGUUGAUAUUGAUGAGAUAACUAAGAGACCUAUGGGAGACUCAGCUACCGAAUUUAUGAGUACCAUGGGGGUUCUUGCUAGAACCAAGGUUUCUAUUUUAUUGCCUAGUUGGGAUCAUGUAGAGGAGGUUGUCAAGAACCAUAUUUGGGCAGAUAUUACGGAAACUUGGGACAUUCCUAGGACAGAGGACAUGAGAAGGAAAACCCUCUCUAUUGUGGAUGAGAGGUGGAGGGCAUAUAAGACCAGCCUCACGAACAAUUACAUUUUUGGAAAAAAGAAAGGUGAAUUUCCUGGUUAUAAGAACCCCACCAUAGAUCAAGAGACAUGGAACGCAUUUGUAGAGUCUAUAAUGACUAAAGAGUUUUUGGAGAAAAGAAAGAAGGCACAAGAGAUUCAGGACUCCCGCGUCUCUCCUCAUUCACUAUGCUUUCUUCCACUCUUUGGCUUCUUGGGUACGAUAGUCCUCUUUGCCUUCUCAUUCCCUUCUUCUGCACCUACUAGGGGCAAAGCGCACGGUAAGGCGGUGGCUACCAGGAGGGGCGCCGUCGAGAGGAAAGACCCGCCUCCGCCCAAGGACCUGGAGUCGGGCGCUCCUGGCUACGACUGGGUGAAGCGCGAAAUGGGGGGGGGGGUCCAAAGCGUGUUCAGAUCGCCUCUAGAGGUCAAUGCGGUUUGGAAGACGCACCGGAUUUGUGACCCUUCCAUUUCCCGGAUGAUUUGA